AAAUCAUUUCAAAAUCAUAUUAGCAUUGCUAAGAGCUUCAACUACUCUAUACUAUAUCUCCCUGAAGUUUUUGCUAGAACAAAUUAAUCAUGGCUUUCAUCAGUUUGUAAACAAUCAUAUUUCCAUUUAUGAUACUAGCUAUUUUGUCAGCAAAAAACAGUGUAAUGAUUGUCGAAGCACGCAAACUUAUAGAGUCAGAGACGCCUCAGCUCCCAAAACUUGAUUUGCCACCUCUACCAAAUCUUGAGUUUCCUAAGGUUCCUGAAUUACCUAAACCAGAAAUUCCUAAAGUACCUGAGUUACCAAAGCCUGAGCUGCCUAAGGUUCCUGAAUUACCUAAGCCAAAAAUUCCUAAAGAACCUGAGGUACCAAAGUCCGAGCUGCCUAAGGUUUCUGAAUUACCUAAGUCAGAAGUUCCUAAAGUACCUGAGUUACCAAAACCCGAGCUUCCUAAAGUUCCUGAAUUACCUAAGACAGAAAUUCCUAAAGUACCUGAGUUACCAAAACCCGAGCUGUCUAAGGUUCCUGAAUUACCUAAGACAGAAAUUCCUAAAGUACCUGAGUUACCAAAACCCGAGCUUCCUAAAGUUCCUGAAUUACCUAAACCUGAAAUUCCUAAAGUACCAGAGUUACCAAAACUCGAGCUUCCUAAAGUUCCUGAAUUACCUAAGCUAGAAAUUCCUAAAGUACCUGAGUUACCGAAACCCGAGCUGCCUAAGGUUCCUGAAUUACCUAAAACAGAAUUUCCUAAAGUACCUGAGUUACCAAAACCCGAGCUGCCUAAGAUUCCUGAAUUAUCAAAGUCAGAAAUUUCUAAAGUACCUGAACUACCAAAACCCGAGCUUGAUAAAGUUCCUGAAUUACCUAAGUCAGAAAUUCCUAAAGUACCUGAAUUAUUAAAACCUGAGCUGCCUAAAUUCCCUGAAAUUCCUAAAGUUGUUCCAACCACUAUUCCAUAAGUUUGAUCUAAUCUUUUCACUGAAUUGUCUCGAGUCAUAUUUAGUUUUCUACUAUGUAGUGUUUAGCUCAUGUUGAAUGAUGGGUGUGAUAUGAUUUUAUGAUUCAGUUUGAAGUUUAUUAGAUUAUAUAUUUCUUUUAGUUUGAGUUUAUUUGAUUCAGUUGUACUCGGUUGUAGUACUGCUUAUUGAGGGUCAUAUCCUUCAUGUAUGUGUUGUUGAAUUUAAUAAGAUUGUACUUUUUGUGAAGAAAUUUCCUUAACUGAAAAUCAACAUUAACACAAUGACUAAUAUUUGCCUAAAAAAUGUAGGGCAACAAUCAUACCAAACGUAAACGAAUAUGGUAUCACAAAAUAAACUUUUGUCCAAGAAAACAUGUAGCAUUCCAUAGCAUGAUUCACAAGAGAAAAAGAAAACACCAAACCACAUGAAAAUAAACAAAAUAUAUGUCAAGUUUCCACACAUUUUUACCUCUCCAUAUGAGAUUUAAAAAAGAAAAUGUCAAGGUGCAAACAUAGUAUGAUCGUGAUAUAGUUUAAUAAGAAAGAACGCUUUACGUUGCAUGCACUUGAAAAAGCAAUGAUGAGGAGGAGGGAAACUAAAGCUAAGGUGAGGUGAAGCAUUUACUCAAGACACUGUAAGAUUCUUUGCUUAUGUUCAUUCAACAAUUUAGGU